AUGUAUGACGAAAAACCUAAAGAUUACAACGAUCGAAAUAUUCCAGACAAGCUUCUUCCUGCUCCGAUCCCUCCACCUUGGUACGAUGGAAUGGACGCUCUUUAUUUGUUCUGGGAAGGGAUCUCCCGCGAUGUCGUUAGAGCAAUUCUUGGAGUUAAAGACAAAAUCAAUAUCAAAACCACACAGGUGGAAAGAACACGAUGUGCCAACGCGUUGAAGAGCUCUUCGAUGCCUAGAGGAACGUCCACAAUGAGUUUUUUGGAUCCCAUCCAGCUGAAAAACCGUUCAGGAAGAGAAGUACAAGAGGCAAACCGAUUCGCCAGGAGAAAGUUCGUCGAGAGACAAUUAAGUUGCCUCAUAAGUCAAGGAAACAACCUUUACUGA